UCCCUCCCUCCGGUGCUUCCCUCCCUCCCUCCCUCCUUCAGUACCCUGUGAGGAGUGGCGGCGUGUGGAGGUGCGGCGCGCGCGUGUUGGCUCGUUGGCUCGGUGAACACUCCAGCAGCCAUGGAGGCAUAACAGUGGUGGAGUGAGCGAGUGUAUCAGUGAAGCAACCUUAUCGUGUGUGUGGCAGCUGCAGACGGACUGGAACCACCAUCACCAUGCUGGACGACCUGAAACGCGCCCUUGGCAUGGAGUCGCCCACCCCGCGGCUCAAUGAGACCAACCUGAAGAAACUCUCACGAGGCCUAAGGUCCUCCAAGAAAAGUCUCCAUUCGGUGCACUCAGCCUUGGAGACCAGCAGUGUACCCGAUGGCCACCUGGGUGGCCGAUCCGUCUCCCUGUCGACGCUGCUGCCCUCUGGAGGCUCAGUGGGAGGCAUGCGGCCCAGGGUUAACAAGCUGCAGACUCUCGAGGCCAAGAUGGCGAGCAUCGAGGUGUCCCUUGGGUGGAAGAGGAGGCGGGAGGCACUGCUGGAGACGCUACCUAGAGCCGCCAGGGACUUGGUGCGGGAACUGGACGCCCUCCAUCAGGCUCUGAGAGAUAAGGACACCGUCAUACAAUCCCUCAAGACGCAGAUCACCAACCUCGGCGGGACGGUGGGCGGCGGAGGGGAGGGUGGCGGUGCGCUGACGGAGACGGAAAGGAGGAGUGUGCAGGACAGGCUGGCCAAGGUGCAAAGCGAGCUGGACUCCAAGCGCGUCACCGUCAAGAACCUCAAACUCUCCCUGGAGAAGAUCGACAUUACUGACAACAUCGACGUAAGGAUUCGCGCCGCUGAGUUGGAGUACGAGUUGGAGAGGGAAGAGCUCAACAUUCUGAACCUGAAGGAGGAAGCAAACGUCCUCAACACCCGCCUUCAGGAAAACACUCCCUCCCCUGCUGCCAAUGGCACCCCUGGAAAAAAUUCUUCCCUCCACUCCCUGCUGACGUCUGCGGGAGGGGCGGCGGCGCUGGGAGGAGCCUCCCUGCUCAGCCUCAGUGUGCCGCACACCCCCGGCAACCCACCCUUCCACGUAACGCCGCGCCCCCCACUGGGCUGUGUCAUCGACUGGGCCACGGACGACACGCGGCUCAAGAAGGGCGACAGAUUGGUUGAGGUGAACGGCGAAAGCGUGGUGGGGUGCGGGCUGGAGCAGGUCACGCGGGUCAUGGCCGGCGCCACGCUACUCAAUCUUGUCGUGGCGCGGCCCAUCACAGGAACUGCUGGCCGCAAGUCAGAAGACAGAGGAAAGGAAGUGAAGGAGCUUUCAGCUAAAUUAGACAAGACAAUUAAGGAGAAAGACUCAUACAAGAGCGACAAUACUCGGCUCAGUCACCGCAUCAGCUACUUGGAGGAGCAGGUACUAGAGCUGCAGAAUGCCCUCUCCCGCACCCGUGAGUCAGGGAGAACCCCACCAGAGGGCGAGGCCAUUGUUACCACAUCCCACCAGCCUGGCGCCACAGUCAUCCAGCGCUCAGGCUCACUAUAUGUCCCCCACAGCAUGUUCAUGGGCUACAGACGCUCACUUCAGGUGUUCCAGAAGGGGGAGCAGCGCCUGGCUGUAGCAAGCCCUGAGCUGGGCAAUGGAGAGAUGGAGCAUGCACAACAAUACCCCACUCUACCCCGUAUUAGGUCCCCAGACUCUUCCCUCUCUUCUCCUACCUCAUGUUCCUCUUCUUCCUCCUCUUCUGCUUCCUGUGAUCCCCACCACAGCCACCAGCACUCCACCAAAGGACAGGGAGGGCCACCAAAGCAACCAAAUACUGAACACCACACGAGAGUUCUCUCACCAAGACCUGAAUCAAAAAAUGAGGACUCCCGGCCACCUUCCCGCACCAAACCCAUUCCACCCAAGAAGCCAGAGCGCCUCAGUCUGCAGCGCACCACCAGCCUGCAGAACGUGGAGGAGGGACCCGCAAACCCCUCCCUACCUUCACGUUCUACCUGCACCACAUCUACCUCACGGCAUCACCAUCCCCUCCAGGCAUGGCCUUCUCUUGACACCGACAUUCACUGUCAAGAACGUGACCUAUCUUCUCAGGUCUUGUGUGACAGAGGUCGUGAGAGGCCAGAUUACCACAGCCAUGAAAGUAUCUAUGAGAAGCAACAAGAAUUGCCACCUCCUGACUACACUAGUUCCUGGGGCCAUGACCACCACCUCUGUCCCAGCGGUGGUGGUGGUAGUGGUGGUGGUGAUGGCAGUGUAAUGAUGGUGGUGAGUGCAAGCCCCAUUGUUACUGGUGAAUCCCUUAGUCGGCGGCCAACUCCUCAAGGUGCUUCAGCCACCACAGUCACCACCACAACCACAACUCUCAAUGAAAGGCCCCGUCUCCACCACCACCACUAUAACCGCCAACAACCCAGUACCCGCCGGCCCCUCUCCCCAGAUGCCUCCUACCACCUGGACUCACACAUUCCUGGGAGUCAUGAGGACGCCAGGGAAAUCUACAGUCACACCACCACUACUACCCACUACAGUGCUGCUGCUAACCAUUCCCACCACCACAGGAGCAGUCACCUUCAUCACCAUGACCAUAAUUCUCACCAAAGGGUAUCUACACUGAGCCACCACAGUCACUUCACCCUGCAUAGUCCCCCUACACCUGUGGCUUCCCGUAACUCCACCACCCUCACCAUGGCUGCAAGCCCUCGUCCUCAUGAACAGUGGUGCUGAGAGGGAAAGGGGGCAUCUGCAUAUACCUGUAAAAAAUAAAAACCCCUUCAAUAGUUUUCACAUGUACCUGAAACCCACAGCUUAUGCAAUCAAGGCAAAAAAGUGACCACAUGUGUUUACAGAAAAAAUAAUUGCUCAUAACACUGGCCAGUAAGAAAAAAUCCCUUGGUUACAAAAUCCACUAACACAAUAAUGAAGACCAACACAAAAUAUAGACAGUGACUAUACUUAAUUUUCAUAAGAGGUGUUCUUUUUCAGCUUAGAUCACCACUCCCAACAACAGGACACUAAGAUGUUGGCCAAUUCAAUUUCAGAUGUUUUGACAUAUUCCUUUCCUAAAAAAAUGAGUUCUAGGAAGAUGGUAAGAGUGAAUCAGUUCUGUUUUUACAGAUUACUAUGUUUUGAGUUGGUGGAAGGGUUUGCAAGUUUCCAUUACACACAGCUUAAGAGACUGUGUGUGGUACUACACUACUAGUUGCUAUUAUUAGGGACAUGAAAGCUCACCCAGUGAUCUCAUUCAGGCUAAAUAUCUGUUUAGUGCAGUUAUGAGACUACUGCAGUGCUUGUAUUGUAAGAGUUAUUUGUUAGCAUGUAUAUAGUUUUGUACAGUUUAGCUCCCUUUACUCUCUAAAACAAUCCAUCCUGUAAUACAGAGAAGGAGUGCAUCAAGCUGCUGUAUGGUAAGUAAAAAAAAAAUAAUAAAACUGAUAUGUAUAUAUUUAUUGAAAAGUUAUGUAAAUAGCAUUCAGUAAUACUUUGAAAUUUAAUUUCUAGGAAACCUGUGCAAAUGAACGAGGCAGAAGAUCAAUAAAACUCCUUAAUAAAAUCAA